UGGCAUAUUUAUUAAAUCACGGAUCAUGCAUGAGAGAUAAGAACUUUUCGGUCACAUAAGUAGUGAUUUUGAACAAGGGAUAAUCAUUUGAGCCAUCAUGAAGACAGCAGUUAGUAUUCUCUUGUUGUUCGCCGCUUCGGCCUGGGCAAACCAGAAGUGUCAGCUGCACAAUGGCAUCAGGACGUAUAACGGCAAGCACUGCGCAUCCACUACUCGUUACAACGACGGCCACAAGGGGGCGUGUGGGUGCGGACAGAAUGACACACCUUUCCCAUGGAACAACAACCAGUAUGUUGCCGCAGCCAAUCAGAAGCUGUUCAGUAACUCCGGAAGUUCAUGGUGUGGAGACAGCUGCGGCAAGUGUGUGAAGCUGACGACAACUGGCGGUUCGAUCCCUGGCGCCGGGACUGGUGCUCAUGAAGGACAGAGCCACGUGUUUAUGAUCACCAACGACUGCCCCGAUGUUGCCCCUAAUCUGGAAUGGUGUGCUCAGAAGGGAGCCCCGGGAAGCGGCCACGGUAACACUCACGGCUAUGAAGUACAUUUUGAUCUGGAAAACAAUGGCAACCAAAUCUCUAAGUUGGGUUGGGACAACCCCGAGGUUACCUGGGAAUGGUCCAGUUGCCAUGGUUCCAAUACCCCGACAGACCAGAUGUGGCACACAUGUGAAUGUUCUCACUAAAAUGAAUCUUUGGUUGUCA